GUUUUGUUCUGGUGUUAUUUGAGAUAUACGAAUUUGCCUUCUCCCUUGCUUUCGUUUUCUCUCUACAUAAGGAGAGAAAGAGAGAGGAAGGAGGGGGAAGAAGGGGAGCAGCAACACCAACCACAAGAAGAAGCAAUUGCCCCACAAGCAAACGAAGCCAGUCAAGGUUACCAUUUUCCUCCCUCUUUCUCCCUCUCUCCUCCGUUAAACGGAAAGGAAAGGAAAAAAAAAAAAGAAAGGAAGGAGUUUGGGAGAUGGGGAAGGGAGAGAGGAGCAAUGGGGAGGUGGGACUCGCGGGACCUAAGUUUCCAUUGAGCUUUUGGGAGGUUGCGGCGGCUUCCACCGUCAUCUUGGGCUUCGUCUUGGGCCUUCUUUGUGUCUACCUCACCAUGCCCGCAUCGGAUUACAGCUUUCUUAAGCUCCCCCGUACCCUCCAAGAACUUCAAACCCUCCGAGAUCACCUUGAGAGCUACACAAGUGACUACACUGCGCAAGUUCUGGUUGGGUACUGCAUGGUUUACAUUUUCAUGCAGACAUUUAUGAUUCCAGGUACUGUUUUCAUGUCAUUGCUGGCUGGAGCCCUUUUUGGAGUCUUCAAAGGUGUAGCUCUGGUUGUAUUUGCUGCCACUGCUGGUGCUUCUUCAUGCUAUUUUUUCUCAAAGCUGAUUGGCCGCCCCCUUCUCUUCUCUCUGUGGCCAGACAAGCUAGAGUUCUUUCAAGCCCAGGUGGCUAAAAGAAGAGAGGGGCUGUUGAACUACAUGCUUUUUCUAAGACUAACUCCAGCAUUGCCAAAUACGUUUAUCAAUUUCGCAUCACCAAUUGUCAAUGUGCCAUAUCAUACUUUCUUCUUGGCAACCCUUCUUGGUCUUAUUCCUGCAGCUUUUGUCACCGUCAAGGCUGGACUAACUCUGGGAGAGCUGCAAUCCAUAGGGGAUCUCUAUGACUUCAAAUCAAUUGCCACUCUGUUCUUCAUUGGAGUUGUCUCUGUCACCCCCACGCUGGUGAGCAAGAGUAAAUCUUAGCAAUCCUCUGGCUAGACUGGCUUUGUGCACGUGGGGCCGUUGUUCUCCUGGCAGCCAUUUGGGUUUCACCUCAUUUCUGCACAGAUUAGCAUCAAAUAAAAAGCAGUACAUGGCUGUCUAUCUGCUUCUGGACUUCACUAACAAUGUUGUAGCCACUGGAGAUGAUUAUGUCGGGAAGUCUCAGGCCGUGAAUGAGAUUUCAACGUUCUAUUAUGUUUGAUGUUGGGUUCUUGAGGAUUGAUUGGCGGGUGUUGGGGAUAAAAUGUUCAAAUUGAAUUUCAAUUUAAGCAUUUAAUCUACAGUUCUAUAGUUAUGUA